AUGGGCCGAACAGGGAGCCCGACUCUCUCACCAAAUCGAACCUCAGAGCGCUUGGAGUCCCAUGUUGAAGCUGACCCUGUUCACAAGCACAUCUCUCCAGCUCGUAAAUGGGUUAUUGCAGCAAUCCUAUCCCUAGGAGGCUUCAAUUCAAAUCUCGCAUCACAGAUCGUAUCACCUGCGAUUCCAGAGAUAGCCACUGCUUUUCAGACAACUGGAGAAAUCGUUAAUCUCAACAAUGCUUUGUAUAUCCUAUUUAUGGGACUUGGUAGCCUGUUCUGGGGACCGAUAUGCACCAUCUACGGCAAGCGAUGGGUUGCAAUAAUUGCAUCCACCGUGUUCUUAGGAUCGGUCAUUGGUACGGGGUUUUCCCCAAACCUUGCCGCGUUUUUCAUAUUUCGUAUACUAUCAGCGGUGACGGGUACAGCCUUCCAAGUCAUUGGGCCUUCCUGCAUAAGUGAUAUAUACAGUCCCAUGGAGCGUGGAAACAUUCUCUCUUGGUUUCUUACAGGGACACUUUUAGCCCCAUCUUUAGGACCGUUUAUUGGUGGUGUUAUCAUAACAUACACUGAUUGGAAAGCCUUAUUCUGGUUUCUCGCCGGACUAGUUGGACUCUGCAGCUUGUUGGUCAUCAUGAUCUUACCAGAAACAAGCCAGAAGACAUUAAUGAAGCAUAUCAACAAUUUGAAAGGAACAGAAAAGCUUAUAAAAAUUAUCCAAUUGGGAAACCCCGUGAAAGCCCUCUCGCUUUUUCGCUCACCCAAACUUAUCUUGCUGGGAUUCGCUACUUCUUCAAUAAUCUGGAAUAUGCAAUCUCUAUUGACGCCUGUACGAUACGUUAUUAACCCUCGAUUCAAACUCACGUCACCCCUUCUAUCGGGUUUAUUUUAUCUGGCAUCUGGAGCUGGCUAUUUGGCAGGUGCAGUAAUUGGAGGAUUUUACACGGAUCGAGUCGUGAGGUCUUGGGCACGAAAGAGGGGCAGAAUAGUGCCCGAAGACCGUCUACGGGGUUCCUUCGUAGCCAUGGGUAUCGGGAUUCCGGCCAGCAUCGCUAUUUAUGGUUGGUGCAUUGAUCAAGCGAAGGGAGGGAUCCCUGUGCCCGUGAUAUGCAUGUUCGCGCAAGGAUUGGCACAGCUCGUGUGUUUACCUUGUCUCAAUAUCUAUUGCCUUGAGGUCAUUGAGGGGAAAGGCAACGAUGUUAUGGCUGGAAAUCUUUUUGUUCGAUACUCCGUCGCAGCCGUUGGAACAGCCCUCUGCCUACCUGGUAUCAACGCAAUGGGGGUCGGUUGGUGGAGUACUAUUAGUGCGAUCUUUGUCGCUGCCUCGAGCUUUGGGAUAUUCUGCAUCCUGUACUUCGACCUACAGUAG